UCAGAGGACAACCGGAGGAUGUCAGACUCUAUCAUGUAGUUCCCAGGAUUUAGCAUAGGGUUUAGCAGCAGAUACCUUUACCUGCUGGGCCAUCUCCUCAGGGACUUCUUUAAGCUUAGAAACCGGGGAAGGUGACAUUGGAGUGCACAGAAUGAACAGGCAGUAGUGAGGUCUGGAAAUGACAAGACUGCUAGGCUGAGGUCACAGAUGGAGAGCGAAGCGAGAUGCUAGAGGAUGCAGGGCAGUUACGAGUGUAGCAGAAGGACCGAGAGCGCCUGGGCGGAGCACUUGGCAGACAGCCUCACGGGAGGCCGAACCUGGCCGCAUCUCCGCCACAGCCGCAGCAUCUGGGCUGGAUGCUCUUCCUCCCGGAGAGGACGAGCCUGGGCAGCCGGUGAAACCAAGGGAAACCAAGCAGAGAUCAUAGCUAGGGCGCAGUGCCCAGGCCUCGGAUCCAUGAAGCGCACGGACAGCGGGUCCAUCUGUCACCACGCGCCGCCGCCGUGCUGGGCUCACCACGCACCUCGCCAGUCUCCACGGCAGCCCUCCAGCCGGGAACGACGACCCCCAGAGCGGGCUGGGAGCUGGGCGGUGGCGGCAGAGGAGGAGGAGGCAGUCUCGUCGGCACCCUGGAUGAGACAUUAUUUUGGAGAAGAUGAUGGAGAGAUGGUGCCCAGAACCAGCAGUGCAGCAGCUUUUCUCAGCAACACUAAAGAUCGCGGUCCUCCGGUUCAGUCGCAGAUCUGGAGAAGUGCCGAGAAGGUCCCCUUUGGGCAGGCACACUCCUUGAGAGCAUUUGAGAAGCCCCCUCUGGUGCAGACCCAGGCUCUUCGAGACUUUGAGAAGCACCUCAAUGACCUGAAGAAGGAGAACUUCAGCCUCAAGCUGCGCAUCUACUUCCUGGAGGAGCGCAUGCAACAGAAGUAUGAAGUCAGCCGGGAGGACGUCUACAAGCGGAACAUUGAGCUGAAGGUUGAAGUGGAGAGCCUGAAACGAGAGCUCCAGGACAGGAAACAGCAUCUACAUAAAACAUGGGCCGAUGAGGAGGAUCUCAACAGCCAGAAUGAGGCAGAGCUCCGGCGCCAGGUUGGAGAACCGCAGCAGGAGACAGAACACGUUUAUGAGCUCCUAGACAACAACAUUCAGCUGCUGCAGGAGGAAUCCAGGUUUGCAAAGGAUGAAGCCUCACAGAUGGAGACUCUGGCGGGGGCAGAGAAGGGGUGUAAUCUGGAGCUCUCAGAGAGGGGGAAGGAUGCUACCAAGAACAGGGAAGAUGCACCGGGAGACCAGGUGAAGCUUGACCAAGAUUCUGCGGCGCUGGCUCAGAGGGACAGGAGAAUUGAAGAGCUGAGGCAGAGCUUGGCUGCCCAGGAGGGCCUUGUGGAACAGCUGUCUCGAGAGAAACAACAACUGUUACAUCUGCUGGAGGAGCCUGGGAGCAUGGGAGUGCAGCCCAUGCCUAAAGGGUUACCCACGCAACAAAAGCCAGACCUAAAUGAGACCCCUACAAUCCAGCCAUCUGUGUCUGAUUCCCACCUGGCAGAACUCCAGGACAAAAUCCAGCAAACAGAGGCCACCAACAAGAUUCUUCAAGAGAAACUGAAUGACAUGAGCUGUGAGCUCAAAUCUGCACAGGAGUCAUCUCAGAAGCAAGAUACGACAAUCCAAAGCCUCAAGGAAAUGCUAAAGAGCAGGGAAAGUGAGACUGAGGAGCUGUACCAGGUGAUUGAAGGUCAAAAUGACACAAUGGCAAAGCUUCGGGAAAUGCUACACCAGAGCCAGCUCGGACAGCUCCAUAGCUCAGAGGGCAUUGCCCCUGCUCAGCAACAAGUGGCCCUGCUUGACCUUCAGAGUGCUCUGUUCUGCAGCCAGCUUGAAAUCCAGAAGCUCCAGAGGCUGGUACGCCAGAAAGAGCGUCAGCUGGCUGACGGCAAGCGAUGCAUGCAGUUUGUGGAGGCUGCAGCACAGGAGAGAGAGCAGCAGAAGGAAGCUGCUUGGAAACAUAACCAGGAAUUACGAAAAGCUUUACAACACCUCCAAGGAGAACUGCAUAGUAAGAGCCAACAGCUCCACGUUCUGGAGGCAGAAAAAUAUAAUGAGAUUCGAACCCAGGGACAAAACAUUCAACACCUAAGUCACAGUCUAAGUCACAAAGAGCAGCUAAUUCAGGAACUUCAGGAGCUCCUACAGUAUCGGGAUAACACAGACAAAACUCUAGACACAAAUGAAGUGUUUCUUGAGAAACUACGGCAACGAAUACAAGACCGGGCAGUUGCUCUAGAGCGUGUUAUAGAUGAAAAGUUCUCUGCUCUAGAAGAAAAGGACAAAGAAUUGCGGCAGCUUCGGCUUGCUGUGAGGGACCGAGACCAUGACUUAGAGAGACUGCGUUGUGUCCUGUCUGCCAAUGAAGCUACCAUGCAAUGUAUGGAGAGCCUCCUGAGGGCCAGAGGCCUGGAAGUGGAGCAGUUAGCUGCCACCUGCCAAAACCUCCAGUGGCUGAAGGAAGAAUUGGAAACCAAGUUUGGCCACUGGCAGAAGGAGCAGGAGAGCAUCAUCCAGCAGUUACAGACAUCGCUGCACGACAGGAACAAAGAAGUAGAGGAUCUCAGCGCAACUUUGCUCCACAAACUUGGACCCGGCCAGAGUGAGGUAGCCGAGGAGCUGUGCCAGCGCCUGCAGCGGAAGGAAAGGAUGCUGCAGGACCUUCUGAGUGACCGGAACAGACAAGCCAUGGAGCACGAGAUGGAGGUCCAGGGGCUGCUCCAGUCGAUGGGCACCCGGGAGCAGGAGAGGCAGGCUGUUGCAGAAAAAAUGGUACAAGCCUUCAUGGAAAGAAACUCGGAAUUACAGGCCCUGCGGCAGUAUCUAGGGGGGAAGGAAUUAAUGGCGUCAUCUCAGGCAUUCAUCUCUAACCAACCAGCUAGAGCGACUUCCGUAGGCCCCCACCAUGGAGAGCAAACUGACCAAGGUUCUAUGCAGAUGCCGUCUCGAGACGACAGCACCUCGUUGACUGCCAGAGAGGAGGCCAGUGUACCCCGGUCCACAUUAGGAGACUCAGACACAGUUGCAGGGCUGGAGAAAGAACUGAGCAAUGCCAAGGAGGAGCUUGAGCUCAUGGCCAAAAAAGAAAGAGAAAGCCAGAUAGAAUUGUCUGCCCUGCAGUCCAUGAUGGCUGUGCAAGAGGAAGAGCUGCAGGUGCAGGCUGCUGACUUGGAGUCCCUGACCAGGAACAUACAGAUAAAAGAAGACCUCAUAAAGGACCUGCAAAUGCAACUGGUUGACCCUGAAGAUAUGCCAGCCAUGGAGCGCCUGACCCAAGAGGUCUUACUUCUUCGGGAAAAAGUUGCUUCAGUAGAACCCCAGGGUCAGGAAGUGUCAGGGAACAAGAGACAACAGUUGCUGCUGAUGUUAGAAGGACUAGUGGAUGAACGGAGUCGGCUCAACGAGGCCCUGCAAGCUGAGAGGCAGCUCUACAGCAGCCUGGUCAAGUUCCAUGCCCAACCAGAGACCUCUGAGAGAGACCGAACUCUGCAGGUGGAACUGGAAGGGGCCCAGGUGUUACGCAGUCGACUAGAAGAAGUUCUUGGAAGAAGCCUGGAGCGCUUAAGCAGGCUGGAGACCCUGGCCGCCAUUGGAGGUGCUACUGCAGGCGAUGAGACUGAAGAUACAAGCACGCAGUUCACAGACAGCAUUGAGGAGGAGGCUGCACACAACAGCCACCAGCAACUCAUCAAGGUGUCUUUGGAGAAAAGCCUGACGACCAUGGAGACCCAGAACACAUGUCUUCAGCCCCCUUCCCCAGUAGGAGAGGAUGGUAACAGGCAUCUUCAGGAGGAAAUGCUCCACCUGAGGGCUGAAAUCCACCAGCACUUAGAGGAGAAGAGAAAAGCUGAGGCGGAACUCAAGGAGCUAAAGGCUCAAAUUGAGGAAGCAGGAUUCUCCUCCGUGUCCCACAUCAGGAACACCAUGCUGAGCCUUUGCCUUGAGAAUGCAGAGCUGAAAGAGCAGAUGGGAGAAGCAAUGUCUGAUGGAUGGGAGGUGGAGGAAGACAAGGAGAAGGGCGAGGUGAUGGUGGAGACCGUGGUGGCCAAAGGGGGUCUGAGUGAGAACAGCCUUCAGGCUGAGUUCAGGAAAGUCCAAGGGAGACUCAAGAGUGCCUACAACAUCAUCAACCUCCUCAAAGAGCAGCUGGUCCUGAGAAGCUCGGAAGGGAACACUAAGGAGAUGCCAGAGUUCCUCGUGCGCCUGGCCAGGGAGGUGGACAGAAUGAACAUGGGCUUGCCUUCCUCGGAGAAGCACCAACACCAAGAGCAGGAGAGUAUGACCGCAAGGCCUGGCCCCAGGCCCCAGAGCCUCAAGCUUGGGACAGCUCUCUCAGUAGACGGCUACCAACCGGAGAACAAGUCCCAGGCCCAAGACUCUGGACAUCAGCCAGAAUUUAGCCUACCAGGGUCCACCAAACACCUGCGCUCCCAGCUGGCUCAGUGUAGACAGCGGUACCAAGAUCUCCAGGAGAAGCUGCUCAUCUCAGAAGCCACGGUGUUUGCCCAGGCAAACCAGCUAGAGAAGUACAGAGCCAUAUUAAGUGAAUCCCUGGUGAAGCAGGACAGCAAGCAGAUCCAGGUGGACCUUCAGGACCUGGGCUAUGAGACUUGUGGCCGAAGUGAGAACGAAGCUGAACGUGAGGAGACCACCAGCCCUGAGUGUGAGGAACAUAGUAACCUGAGGCCUGUGGUGCUGGUGGAGGGCUUGUGCUCUGAGCAGGGGUACCUGGACCCUGUCUUGGUCAGCUCACCUGUGAAGAAGCCCUCGGAGAACAAGCCAGGGAAGCGAGAGGAGUUCCAGGCACAAGGAACUUCAGACGACAGCUCUCUCCUGAGGAAGGACAUCCGAGAUCUGAAAGCCCAGCUACAGAAUGCCAACAAGGUCAUUCAGAACCUGAGGAGCCGGGUCCGGUCCCUGUCUGCCACGAGCGAUUACUCAUCGAGUCUGGAGAGACCCCGCAAGCUGAGAGCCGUGGCAACCCUUGAGGGGGCUUCACCCCACAGCGUCACUGAUGAAGACGAGGGCUGGUUGUCAGAUGGCACCGGGGCUUUUUACCCUCCAGGGCUCCAGGCCAAAAAGAAUCUAGAGAAUCUCAUCCAGAGAGUAUCCCAGCUGGAGGCCCAGCUCCCCAAAACUGGACUAGAGGGGAAGCUGGCUGAGGAGCUGAGGUCUGCCUCGUGGCCUGGAAAAUACGAUUCCUUGAUUCAGGAUCAGGCCCGAGAACUGUCAUAUCUGCGUCAGAAAAUACGAGAAGGGAGAGGGAUAUGUUAUCUUCUCACCCAACAUGCGAAAGAUACAGUCAAGUCUUUUGAGGACCUCCUGAGGAGCAACGACAUUGACUACUACCUGGGCCAGAGCUUCCGGGAGCAACUAGCUCAGGGCGGUCAGCUGACGGACAGGCUGACCAGCAAACUCAGCACAAAGGAUCAUAAGAGUGAAAAAGAAGAAGCUGGGCUUGAGCCGCUGGCCCUCAGGCUCAGCAGGGAACUACAGGAGAAAGAGAAAGUGAUUGAAGUCCUGCAGGCCAAGCUGGAUACCCGGUCUCUCUCGCCCCCCAGCAGCCAUGCUGCGUCUGACUCCCAUCGCUCUGCCAGCAGCACAUCCUUCCUGUCGGAUGACAUAGAAGCCUGCUCUGACAUGGACGUAGCCAGCGAGUACACACACUAUGAAGAGAAGAAGCCCUCACCCAGUAACUCAGCAGCCAGUGCAUCUCAGGGGCUUAAGGGCGAGCCCAGAAGCAGCUCCAUCAGCUUGCCAACUCCCCAGAACCCCCCUAAGGAGGCCAGCCAGGCCCAGCCAGGCUUUCACUUUAACUCCAUACCCAAGCCGGCUAGCCUUUCCCAGGCACCAAUGCACUCCACUGUACCCAGCUUCAUGCCUUUCUGCCCCUCUGGGCCUCCCCUUCUUGGUUGCUGUGAGACACCAGUGGUGUCCUUGGCUGAGGCUCAACAAGAGCUGCAGAUGCUGCAGAAGCAGCUGGGAGAAAGUGUUAGCAUUGCCCCUCCCACCUCCACAUCCACGUUGCUUAGCAACCACACAGAAGCUAGCUCUCCCCGCUACAGCAACCCUGCUCAGCCCCACUCCCCAACAAGAGGCACCAUAGAGCUGGGCAGAAUCCUGGAGCCUGGAUACCUGGGCAGCGGCCAAUGGGACAUGAUGAGGCCUCAGAAAGGGAGCACCUCUGGGGAGCUGUCCUCAGGCUCCUCGAUGUACCAGCUUAACUCCAAACCCACAGGGGCCGACCUGUUGGAAGAGCAUUUAGGUGAGAUCCGGAACCUGCGCCAGCGCCUGGAGGAGUCCAUAUGUGUCAAUGACAGGCUACGGGAGCAGCUGCAGCACAGGCUCAGCUCCACCGCCCGAGAAAACGGUUCCACCUCUCACUUCUACAGUCAGGGCCUGGAGUCCAUGCCUCAGCUCUACAAUGAGAACAGAGCCCUCAGGGAAGAAAACCAAAGCCUGCAGACGCGGCUCAGUCAUGCUUCCAGGGGACACUCCCAGGAAGUGGACCACCUGAGGGAGGCUCUGCUCUCCUCAAGUUCCCAGCUCCAGGAGCUGGAGAAGGAGCUGGAGCAGCAGAAGGCUGAGCGGCGGCAGCUUCUGGAAGACUUGCAGGAGAAGCAGGAUGAGAUCGUGCAUUUCCGAGAGGAGAGGCUGUCCCUCCAGGAAAACAACUCCAGGCUGCAGCACAAGCUGGCCCUCCUCCAACAACAGUGUGAGGAGAAACAGCAGCUCUCCUUGUCCCUGCAGUCAGAGCUCCAGAUCUACGAGUCCCUCUACGAAAAUCCUAAGAAGGGCUUGAAAGCUUUCAGCCUAGAUUCCUGUCACCAAGUCCCGGGUGAGUUGAGCUGCCUGGUGGCAGAGAUUCGAGCUCUGAGAGUGCAGUUGGAGCAGAGCAUUCAAGUGAACAACCGCCUGCGGCUGCAGCUGGAACAGCAGAUGGAUCACGGUGCUGGCAAAGCCAGUCUCAGCCCCUGCCCUGUUAGCCAGAGCUUCUCAGCCAAGGCGGAGCCGGCAAACCAGCAGCCACCCUUCCAAGGUUCAGCUGCUUCCCCUCCAGUCCGGGACGUUGGCUUGAAUUCUCCAGCCGUGGUCCUUCCCAGCAGUUCGUGCUCCGUUCCUGGCUCAGACUCUGCCAUCAUCAGUAGGACAAACAAUGGUUCGGAUGAGUCUGCAGCAACGAAGACCCCUCCCAAGAUGGAGGUCGAUGCUGCUGAUGGCCCAUUUGCCAGUGGACACGGCAGACACGUCAUCGGCCAUGUGGAUGACUACGAUGCCCUACAGCAGCAGAUUGGGGAAGGGAAGCUGCUGAUCCAAAAGAUACUGUCCCUCACGAGGCCAGCACGCAGCAUCCCUGCACUGGACGCGCAGGGCACAGAGGCACCAGGUACCAAAAGUGUCCAUGAGCUUCGGAGCAGUGCCAGGGCUCUGAACCACAGCCUAGAAGAAUCAGCUUCCCUCCUCACCAUGUUCUGGAGAGCAGCUUUGCCAAACUCUCAUGGUUCUGUACUGGUAGGCGAAGAGGGAAAACUGAUGGAGAAAGAACUCCUAGACCUGCGAGCCCAAGUGUCCCAACAGGAACAGCUCCUUCAGAGCACUACUGUGCGUCUGAAGAAGGCCAACCAGAGGAAGAAAAGCAUGGAACAGUUCAUCGUGAGCCAUCUGACCAGGACCCAUGAUGUCUUGAAGAAAGCACGGACUAAUUUAGAGAUGAAAUCCUUCAGGGCCCUGAUGUGCACUCCAGCCUUGUGACCCUUGCCUUCCAGGAGCCACAUAAAAGGCGAAGCCAGGAGUCCUUAAAACAGCAGGAAGGGUGGGCCUGCCCGCCCCUAGUGCAGCUGCCUGUCUGCUGAGGAAUACCUGGUCCGACUCCUCCCCUGCUGGAGCUCCACGGAAGGGCUCAGAGAUGUGUCCACAUGGGACAGGCAGGAAGGAAAGUGGCAUCCUGACAAUGAAUAUGAUUAGCCAAGGCCCACUGGGCCCAGCACUAAGCAAAACUCAUGUAGACUGUGUAGAAGGCCUCCCGGCACUGCUUCUAGACAGCCUCAGCAGCACGGUGCCCACCUCGUUACAGUUCUCACCUCAGCAUCUGUCCUCAAGAUAGCCAACUCAGGGGAACUAGGACCUUACCACCCACAAACAGGAUGUGUGGUCCCAAUGCCAACGCUCCUCAGACAGUUGUAAAAGCACACAUCAUUGAGUGGCAGCGUCCAGCCGGACACUGUUGGAGACUACCAAACUCCCCUCACUGACCCAGUCUUGGGCCAGGCCAGCUCUGUGGGCCAAGUCUGGUAGUACUUUGGUCUCUACCACCACACCAGAGAGAGUCUAUACAGCAAAUGUGGUAACUUGUAGGUGCCCUGCACUUAGCCUAGCACCUCCUGUUUCUUACGUGAUCUCAAGUUGAACCAACUUCCUUAACUCUGCUGUCCCCUGUAAUCCUAACUUCCCUCAGGGGAAUUGGGGACUGGUGGCCACAUCAUGCCUAUUGAAUGUCUAGUGAACAGCAUAUCGGUGCCUCUUAAUGGCAUGGGCAAGGCCUGCUCUGUACUGAAGACUGUGUCUUCACAGUGCUCAUAGGACGUGGGUGUGUGUAUAAAUGUAUAAUAUAGAUUUAUAUAUGUCGCUAUGGCUAUGUGUUGAAGGCCAGCAUAAUGUGCAGAGCGAUGGGUGAGAAGACGCUAAGCAGUCUUUCUUAUGGCUAUUAAAACUUACUGUGUAUAAAGAAAUUA